AUGGCAUCCUUGCCGGCGGGACGGGUAAAUGCGUCGAGACCAUUCGCGCAUUCUGGCAUAGAUUAUGCGGGUCCGUUCAUGGUGCGUGAAUCCAGAAGGCGAAAUGCUCGCACGCACAAGGCAUAUUUGGCACUAUUUGUGUGCUUUUCUACGAAAUGCGUUCAUUUAGAACUUGUCAGCGACCUUACCACCGAAUCAUUUCUAGCGGCGUUCAAGCGUUUCAUAUCCCGCAGAGGGAAACCAGCCUGUAUAUAUUCCGACAAUGGAAAAACAUUUGUAGGUGCCCAAGGGCAGCUCGACGAACUCUGUAAGUUUUUGCGCACCGACCAAACGCAAGCCGAACUAGCACAGGCUUUGCGCGAUCAAGAGAUCGAAUGGAAAUUCAUUCCACCCAACGCGCCUCAUUUUGGAGGCCUAUGGGAGGCCGCCGUCAAGUCCGCUAAGCGGCAUCUUAGUCGGAUAACCGGGAAAGCAUCCUUGACAUUCGAGGAGCUGCAAACAAUUUUUUGUGAAAUAGAGGCCAUAUUAAACUCACGUCCUCUCACUCCGCUAAGUGAGGAUCCAAAUGAUCUAAGUUCGUUGACUCCAGGCCAUUUUUUGAUCGGCACCCCUCUGAAUAGUUUCCCCUAUCAUGACUUAACCGAUGUAAAUGAAAACAGAUUAUUGCGUUGGCAGCGAGUCGAGCAGGCGAGACAGCACUUUUGGAGCAGAUGGAGCAAGGAAUACCUGCACACUUUGCAGGAGCGGAACAAGUGGAGAGUCAACAAGGGCGAGCAAUUAAGGCCUAAUCAGAUGGUCUUACUGAAGCAACAAGGUCUGGCACCACUUCAUUGGUUGUUAGGCCGAGUGGAGGAGAUUCACCUGGGUCCUGAUGGAAUCGCGCGAGCGGCCACUGUCCGUACGGCGAAAGGACAAUAUACCAGACCGUUAACGAAAAUAGCCAUCUUGCCGAUGGACAAAUAG